GACCGCGCGUUCUCCUCCUAUGCAAAGUGCCAAGGAGGGGGUGGCUGGGGAGCGUGGGAUGCUCGCCCGGAUACUGCUCCGAGCAGGAGCGAGCCGCGGCAUCUCUCCUUACACGUCCCAGGAGGCAGAUAAGGAGCGAGCACGGCGGGGUACUCCCAGCAGCUCCCAGCAGGCAGGACACCCGGCACACAGCACCUCCCGCCUUGGCCAGCGCAGCCGCCCAGCCCUGCCGAUGGGAGCAGACUGCCCCGGCUGGCCCGGGGACUAGCAGCACCGCUGCGCUGGGCAUGGCCGAGAGCACCUUUACAGGGGCGGACGGGAAGCAAAUGGCCGGCCAGGGGCUGGAGACGGGCACCCCCAGGCCAGCCUCUGCCCUGGCUGGCGGGAAGAUGAGAGGCAGCCCAAGCACACUCAGGCUCCCAUCGGGCUGGAGGAGAGCAAGCCAGCGAGAGGCGGGCAACAGGCAGGGAGCCAGCAACGCGCCCAGCCUAUGCCACAGCGUGACGGGGACCCUCCCAGCUGCAGGCAGGGGCCACGCCAGCUGUGCUCUGCCCAGAGGGAGCGCGGGGAAGCUGUGCCCCGAGAACGCAGCCCGGGAGCGCAGCCGCGUGCGGACCCUGCGCCAGGCCUUCCUGGCGCUCCAGGCAGCGCUGCCCUCGGUGCCGCCGGACACCAAGCUCUCCAAGCUGGACGUGCUCGUCCUGGCCACCAGCUACAUCGCCCACCUGACCCACACCUUGCACCAGGGGCAGCCGCCCCCCGAGGCAGCCCCACUGGCGAGGGCACCCAACUUCCUGCACCCCAUGAAGAAAUGGCCCAUGCGGUCCCGUCUCUACGCUGGAGCCUGGAGCGCGGAUGUUGCUGACGUGCCUGCAGCUGCCCCCGCAGCCCCCAGCAGCAGGAUGAGGAGGGGCAAUGAGGGGGGCAGCCCGGGGGCCGGUGGGGCAGCCCUGUGACACCUCCCAGCCUGCAGCCCCGUGCUCCGGCUCCCUGCAUGGACCCGAGCCCUGGACUGGCCCAGCCGGCUGCCUGCGCCCCAUGGGACUCCGGUGCUCUGCAGGGCUGGCCCGGACUCGCCGCGUCUCUGAUCUCCCAGACCCCUGGCACCAGCAGCCAUGUGCACCGGGCCUGGCUGCCCCGGCUGGCACCACCUCCUCCCACUGGCUCCAGCUCUCCGAGGGGUCUCUGCUGUCCCCGUGACAGCCCUGCCAGUGCCGCACCGCAGCGCCCCAUUGCCCGGCCCGCAAGGGACUGAUCUCCUCCCUGCAGGGAGAAGCCAGGCUCCCAGGCUGAGAGGAAGAGGAGGGAAGAGAUGGGGGAGGAGGAAAAAGUGCGGCUGCAGGGCAGCCUGGCUGGGCACAGGCCAGAGAGCAGGUGGAAGCCACAUCACAGUGUCCCCUGCCCAGCCCUUGCUGUGGUCCCUGACCCCACGUUGCUUGACGGGCAGCACAGUCCGGUCCUGGGCAUCAGAACUCCUGGGUUCUGUUCUCGCUGACGCACUCGGUAGCCUUGGCCGGAUCGCCAGAGCGUAUGGAGAUGGGAUCCGAGCUGGGAGCCACCUUGCCCGCAGUCCCGGCUCUCGUGGUGGCCAGUGCCAGGUGCUCCGGGGGGGUGUCAUAGAAUCAUAGAAUAUCAGGGCUGGAAGGGACCUCAGGAGGUAUCUAGUCCAACCCCCUGCUCAAAGCAGGACCAAUUCCCAACUAAAUCAUCCCAGCCAGGGCUUUGUCAAGCCUGACCUUAAAAACCUCUAAGGAAGGAGAUUCCACCACCCCCCUAGGUAACCCAUUCCAGUGCUUCACCAACCUCCUAGUGAAAAGGUUUUCCUAAUAUCCAACCGAAACCUCCCCCACUGCAACUUGAGACCAUUACUCCUUGUUCUGUCAUCUGCUACCACUGAGAACAGCCGAGCUCCAUCCUCUUUGGAACCCCCCUUCAGGUAGUUGAAGGCUGCUAUCAAAUCCCCCCUCAUUCUUCUCUUCUGGAGACUAAACAAUCCCAGUUCCCUCAGCCUCUCCUCAUAAGUCAUGUGCUGCAGACCCCUAAUCAUUUUUGUUGCCCUCCGCUGGACUCUUUCCAAUUUGUUCACAUCCUUCUUGUAGUGUGGGGCCCAAAACUGGACACAGUAUUCCAGAUGAGGCCUCACCAAUGUCGAAUAAAGGGGAACGAUCACGUCCCUCGA